GAAGCAUGUGACUGAUUAUUGUAAUCUGUGUUUUUCUCUCUGCCUAAUUCCCAAAAGGAAACAAGCCAAUAUUAUGGAAGGGAAGAAUCAAACAGCUCUAUAUGAAUUCAUCAUCUUGGGAUUCUUCAACCUAAACGAAUUGCAGUAUUUACUAUUCAUCACCUUCUUUCUGACUUAUAUCUGUACUCUGGGAGGAAAUAUAUUCAUUAUCUUGGUGACUGUGGCUGAUCCACACCUGCAUACACCUAUGUACUAUUUUCUAGGGAACUUGGCCUUUCUUGACAUCUGCUACACCACCACCAACGUCCCUCAGAUGAUGGUGCAUCUUUUAUCAAAGAAGAAAAGUAUUUCCUAUCCGGGGUGUGUGGCUCAACUUUUUAUAUUCAUUUUCUUUGUAGGAUCAGAGAGUCUGCUCCUUGCAGCAAUGGCAUAUGAUCGGUACAUUGCAAUCUGCAAACCCUUAAGAUAUUCCAUGAUUAUGAACAAAGCCCUGUACAACCAGUUAGCAGCCUCAUGCUGGAGUGGUGGUUUCCUCAAUUCAGUGGUGCACACAGUAUUGACAUUCCGCUUGCCCUUCUGUGGCAACAAUCAGAUUAAUUAUUUCUUCUGUGACAUCCCCCCUUUGCUGAUCUUGUCUUGUGGGGACACUUCUGUCAAUGAGUUGGCAUUGCUGUCCAUUGGGGUCUUCAUUGGUUGGGCUCCUUUCCUGGGUAUCAUUCUUUCUUACAUUUAUAUAAUUUCCACCAUCUUAAGGAUCCACUCCUCAGGGGGGAAACACAAAGCCUUUUCUACAUGUGCCUCCCACCUGAUCAUUGUUCUUCUCUAUUAUGGCAGUGCCAUCUUUACAUACAUACGGCCCAUCUCAACUUACUCAUUGGAGAAAGACAGACUGAUCUCAGUAUUGUACAGUGUUGUUACCCCCAUGCUAAACCCUAUAAUCUACACGUUGAGGAAUAAGGACAUAAAAGAAGCUAUGAAAACUGUAGGGAACAAGUGGCAGCCAAGAAUUCCCUCAUUUGAUAUAUAA